AUGUCCUCCGAAUACAAUUACGAUGAGGGGGGUCAAUUUUUCCCGUUCUUCAUGCUGACCAUGGCCGGCCUGGUCACGGUACCUCUCACAUAUAACGUCCUCAAGGCAUCCACAGAUCUCGAGCAGACCGCAUCCCGAGUAAAAUCAGACUUCAAACCCCAUAAUGUUGAUCUCAUCGAAGCGCAGAGGAGGAGAAGAAAGAGGCAGAAUCGCAAGACCAAAAGAAUUAUGGCGGUGAUCGUGGGAUAUACCUUCAUGGCCUACAUGAUAUACUUGAUCAUUGUCACCCAGAGAACGGUACCAAAGAUGUGGGAUCCGUACGAUAUCCUGGGCGUGUCAAGGAGCGCCUCGGAGCGGGAAAUUGACAAAUUCUACAAGAGACUAUCGCUCAAAUUCCACCCUGACAAGGCCAAGCCCGAUUCUUCGAAGAAUGAGACCAUGGACGACGUGAACAACCGAUGGGUUGAAAUGACAAAGGCCUACAAGGCAUUGACGGAUGAAGAGAUCAGAAACAACUAUCUCCAGUAUGGCAACCCGGACGGGAAGCAGUCUACGAGCAUAGGCAUUGCGUUACCGAAAUGGAUGGUCGAGGAGGGCAACCGCUGGUUUGUGGUAGCUUUCUACGGCAUCCUUCUCGGAAUCAUUCUUCCCUACACGUUGGGGAAGUGGUGGUACGGAACACAGGCCCUCACAAAGGACAAAGUCCUGCAUGCCAGCGCUGGCAAUCUAUUCCGAGAGUGGAAAGAAGACAUAUCGGAAGGCGACGUGGUGGCAGCCACCAGUGUGGGCGAAGAGUUCACGGAAACCCUAAAAGGUUCCCGAAGUGAUGCGGGCGCUGCAAAGGUGGAAAGCAAAGUCCUCAACAGCUCUGCUCUUACCGAAGCCGAUAAGGCACGAUUAAAGUCCAUCGACGACCCGGUGCGGCGGAAAACACUAGCCCUGCUCUGGGCUUACUUGGCUCGGAUCGACCUGGAGGACCAAGAACUCGAGAAAGAGAAAUUCGGCGUUGCGCCCACUGCUCUGUUGUUGAACAAUUCCUUCGCUUCAAUCACUCUUCCAUUCGGCAUGGUGAAGCCCCUCCUUUCCGCCUACCACACAUCUCAGAAUAUUAUCCAAGCUGUUCCACCAUCUGCAUCGGCAAUCCUCCAGCUCCCCAACUUCACUCCCGCAAUGGCCGAAAAGAUCAGCAAGUCCUCAAAAUCACCAAUGACGUUCCAAAAAUUCAUGUCUCUCCCUCCUACGGCACGAAGACAACUGUGCUCUGAUCUCUCGGAUCAACAAUACAGCCAAGCAAUGUCCGUGGCCGCUCAGAUCCCCCAUCUUGUGAUCGCCAAGGCAUUCUUCAAAGUCGUCGGCGAACGUGUUGUCACACCUGGCUCAUUGGUCCAACUCGUGAUCAAAGCCCGCGUGAUCCCUCCCGGUACACCAGAAAAGGAUAUCCCACCAGUCAACCCACUGGAUCUCGAGGACAUUGAUCCGGACGAGGGAGACCUGGAUGCUUUGCACGGUCGAAAACCGGCCAAGUCGAGGAGAAAGAAGCUUCCAGACGGCUCUUACGUGGAAGACGACGCCAAAGAAGGAAGUGUGCAACCUCCACUGGCACAUGCACCCUAUUUUGCUGCGGAUCAUGCCCCCAGAUGGCAUGUCUUCCUCGCAGAAGCACGUACCGGCCGCAUUUCGGUACCACCCUUUACAUUUACCAGUUUCGACCGACCCAUCUUCCACCCGGACACAGGGAAACCAACUUUCAACGUCGUCACUUUGAAAUGUUCCUUCCAGGCCCCGCCACAGGUCCACGCCUUCCCAUUUAUCAUGCACUUGGUGUGUGACAGUUAUAUAGGCUUGGACGAGAAGGUAGAGGUAGUUUUGGACGUGAGAGACCCCAAGGAGGCCGAGGUGGUCGAAAGUGACGACGACAUUAGCGAACCUGAGGAAGAUUCACUAGCGGGUCAACUCCAAGCCAUGAAGUCCGGCGGCAUGACCGGUUCACCUGUGACGUCGAAGAAGAAAAAGAAGAAGACCUUGCCUGCCAAUGCUGACUCGAAAGCGGUCCCUGUGGCACAGACUCAAGGCAAUGCCGUUGAAGAAGCAAGCGAUGACGACGACGACGAAAGCGACACCGAGGGUGAGGAUGACAGUGACACGUCCGACACCGAUACCGAGACAGAGGACGAGGAUUCAUGA